GCUGUUGUUCCUCUUACCUGAGGUGAAUCUCUGUCCAUGGCGUCCCGCUGAGGGCUUCAGGCACCAGUGAGCACAGCCCUCUCAAAGUGCACUAUGAACACUUCAGCCGCUUCCAGCUUAGGAACAAAACCAAAGCCGGGAUCCACAUAUCCCAUCAAGAACCUCAAGACAAUGCAAGACUUCGCCACGGAGCUUAACCAGCCACUUCUCAAGAAAGGACAUACAAUACUGAUAGAUAUUCCAUGUUUCCAAAGUGGUGUAAUUGUCUCUCAUCAAGGGACUCAUGUUUGGGAUUCCCACCAUGUGAAGUUACCACAUCUGUAUCCACCGCCUGAAUCCCCCAACAAGUCCCAUUCACCACCCUCUCACUGGGACGUCACCUGUCGUGCAUUGCACAAUCUCACCAAAGGAAAUAACUCUAUUGGGGAUGUUCAGACCGCAAUAAUGUCUUACAAUUCCAACAACAAAGACAGAUGGACUUUCGAUGCACUUUUUUUAUAUGGUCGGCACUUACACGCGAAGGACAGUAAUCUCCAUUUGCUGAUCCCAAAUAUGGCCAAACUAGCUCUUGAUUUACCUGAUCUCAUUACACAGCCCAUCCCUCUCCUGCGACAGCAACAGAACCUGGCCAUAACAAUGUCUCAGCAGCAGAUUUCUUGUCUGUUAGCAAACGCCUUCUUCUGCACCUUCUCUCACAGGAACGACACUAAACCUAGUUCAGAAUAUGUCAACUUCCCCACCAUUAACUUCAGCAGCCUAUUUGCUGACGAGAAAGACCCGGCAAAAUUAGCCCAGAAAGCACAGAAACUGAGGGCCAUUUUCCAUUACUUCAACACAGUGACAAAUAAAAGUGAUAAUCAAGAUCCAGCAAUACCAGAUGGACUGGUUACUUUUGAAAGGACUAGCAUUCAAAAAUCACAGCUCCCUAAAUGGAAAAAACAGAAGAAGACUCUGACAAACCUUCACAUCUCUCCAGAAGGAUCCAUUGAGCAUGAGGGUACAGGGAUGCUGCAGGUGGAGUUUGCCAGCAAUUAUAUUGGUGGUGGGGUGCUGGGAUCGGGACUGGUUCAGGAGGAGAUCCUCUUCUUCAUGAGUCCAGAGCUCAUCGUGGCCAGACUCUUCACUGAGAAACUGGCUGAUAACGAGUGCCUCAAGAUCACAGGUCCUCAGAUGUACAGCUUUACUUCUGGCUACAGCAAAACCUUUUCUUGGGUGGGUCCAUACAAUGAUUGCAUGAAGCGGGAUAACUGGAAGAGACGUUAUCGGCAGAUUGUUGCCAUCGAUGCUCUCGACUUCAAGAACCCGAAGGACCAGUACACUAAAGAGAACAUAAAACGAGAACUCAACAAGGCGUUUGUGGGAUUCCAUGGAGACGUGAAAACGGCCAUCGCAACGGGCAACUGGGGCUGCGGUGCCUUCAACGGAGAUCCUAAACUCAAAGCUCUCAUCCAGUUGAUGGCUGCCGCCGUGGCUGGACGAGACGUGGCUUACUUCACCGCUGGCAAUAAAGAACUUGCAAAAGAAAUACAAAGAAUGCAUGAGAUACUGACCAUCAACAAAGUGACCGUGGGUAAACUGUACAAGUUGCUGAAGAAGUUCUGUGGAAACUACACUCAUGAAAGUGGCUCGCCAAUAGACCUGUACAAACUCAUCAGAGAGAAGAUCGGGCAGAAGGAUAAUUUAUUGUAAACAAAUGUAGCAAAAACAGUCCAGCAGUAUUAAAUAUGUAAAGCUAAACUCUGAAGGAACUGAAUAAUGAUACAACUGUAGGCCUACUACUAUACUAAAAAAGAAAAAGCGGUUGAAAUGUUUAUCUUGUAAGCUCACAGGUGUCAUAUAAAUCUAAUUAUUUACCUUAAUUAAAAAGCUUUAUAGUCAUUCAGCAUUUAUAUUAAUCAAAGGCCUCAGUAACAGCCAAUAAGGGACACAUUUCAUUUAUUUGUUAAUGCAAAAUAAAAAAAAAUGUCAUGGUGAAUUACUUGCAUCAAGUAUAAGUACAAACAACAGCAGAAUAAAACCCGAAUGCUUUUAUUGAAUAAAGUAAUAUGAUCAUUUUUUGGCUUAAUCUCAGCUUGUUUUUAGAAAUUACAAUAAAAUAAAAUGAAACCAACGUACCUUUUAAUUCACAUCCAUGGUGUAACAAUUUAGCAUCGGUUGCACUUUAACCGUUUCAGU